AUGAUCAUAGCAAGGAGUCCAACAUUGUUAUGUAGGAGUUUAAAGAAUCAUCUUAUCCCCAAUUACAAUUUCCUCAAGAAUGUUGUCAUUCAUGACGAAAAAAUUGUCAAAGUUUUGAAGAACAUGCUAUGGCUAUUUUCACUAAAGAGUAAAAACUUUGGUCCAAAUAUAGCUGUUUUGAAAGAUAUCGGUGUGCCUCAAUCUCAAAUUUCUUUUCUUGUGACUAAUAUGCCACGCGCAGCAUAUUCCAAACAUUAUAAAUUUUGCAAGGUUGUCAAUCGGGUUAAGGAAAUGGGAUUUAAUCCCACACAAACUGUGUUUGUUAUGGCAGUUGGAGUAAUCAACCAAUUGAAGGAAUCGGUUUGGGAAUCUAAGUUUGAGGUUUAUAGGAGGCGGGGUUGGUCCGAGGAUGAGACUCUCGCUGCUUUUAGAAGGCAUCCCUGUUGUAUGCAAAUAUCUGAGGAGAAGAUUACAAAAGUUAUGGACUUCCUUGUGAACAAAAUGGGUUGGCUGUCGCGAGAUAUUUCUAAAUGGCCAGAAGUUUUCACUUACAGCUUGGAGAAGAGGAUUGUUCCAAGGUGUUUUGUAAUUCAAGUUCUGCUAUCCAAAGGUCUGAUCAGAGAAUAUAAAUCUCCAUUAGCUUACUUGAAACUUACAGAGAGCAAAUUUAUUGAGAAGUAUAUAACUCGAUUUCAGGAAAAAGUACCUCAGUUGUUGGAUGUGUUUGGAGGAAAAAUUGAUUUCCUGGAUAUAUAUCAUGAAUUUCAGAGGUCUGGAAAAUGA